UCGUGCUCGCAUGGCUCACUUGCUUGCUUGCGUCGCAAGCACCGAAUUCGUAAUUAGAUUUCGAAGAUCGAAGCGGUGGUCUACUUCACGAGCAAUUCGUUCUCUGACGGGCUGAGUUUGGAUUCAUCCAGUGAGAGUUUUGGUGAUGAGCGGAUUUUGGAUGUUGGGUCGCAGGUGAAUUUUGGGAACUGAAUUACACGGCCAGUUCACGAGAUGGGAUUGAUUAAGAGCACUUUCCAUUUUGCUGGAGGCGCUUUGGUCGGUAUUUACGUGGCGCAGAAUUACAAUGUGCCGCAGGUCACUGGCCUUGUCAACACUGGCUUGGCUAUUGCCAAGCAUUUUGAGGAGCAGUAUCGGAAGCCUUCGAAUUCCAAGCCCGAGGACAAACCCUAAUUACUUUCUUCAAUUUCUCCUUAAUCGAUCUCUUCAGUAUCCUGCGGGGAACAUCCACGUUUCGGUACAGUGAGUUGCAAGAGGGCAUCAUCUGUUUCAGGAAUAGUAUAAGCCAGACUUUAUUUCUGAUUUGGAUCAGUUGAGCUGAGUUUGAACAAUAAAUACAAUGGGUUUUUGUGACUGCAAGACGCUAGCGACUUACUGGAGUUAUGAUGUAACUGGUAGAAUUCUUUUAGAAAAGAUUCUUCUGCUGCAUUCCAAUUUUCUAGAAUAGGCUAGGGAUUCCCAGUAGCCAAGUUACGGGAUGGUUCUCAAACUAAGUGUUCGUAAACUUGGGGGUGCACUUCCAAUGCUAGCAAUGCUGCUGUUGCUAGUGUCUUGAUUUC